UUUCCCGGGGUGGGCGGUCCCCGGAGGGCACUGGGUCUGGCUCACGGCCGCAGGUCCGGGAGAAGGCGCUGCGAUGACCGCCCUGAGCCGUAGCGAGCCUGUCGAGGCGGGCAGCAAGCAACAAAUGCAUGGGAAGAUGGCCCCUCCGAAGAGCCAUGUGCCCUGCACGGAGAAACCAGGAAAGGUCCAGGAGCCCCCAGAGAGCAGUCUGCACUGGUCAGAAGGCUCAAAGGGUGAAGAGAUAAAGAAGUUCAGCCGGGAAGGGACACUACUGAGCAAAUACAACCAACAAUACCACAAGCUGUUUAAAGAUAUCCCCUUGGAGGAGAUGGUUCUCAAAGUGUGUUCCUGUGCCCUCCAGAGAGACCUCCUUCUCCACGGUCGGCUCUAUAUCUCGCCCAACUGGCUUUGCUUCCAUGCCAGCCUCUUUGGCAAGGAUGUCAAGGUGGUCAUUCCUGUGGUAUCUGUGCAAUUGAUCAAAAAACACAAGAUGGCACGGCUCCUUCCCAAUGGAUUGGCCAUCACCACAAACACUAGCCAGAAGUAUAUCUUUGUUUCUCUGCUUUCCCGGGACAGCGUAUAUGACAUGCUGAGGAGGGUCUGCACUCACCUACAGCCUUCCAGCAAGAAGAGUCUGAGUAUAAGGAAGUUUCCAGAGGAAGCCGAGUGCGAGUCCCCGGAAGUCCUUAUCCCUGAGAUGAAGUGGAGGAAAGCAUGCUCAGGCUCCCCAUCCCUGUCACUCCCAGACAACAUCUCUCACAUACCCACAGACUCCACAGAUAGCUGCUUCCCCUCCAUGAAACCUCUGGGGUCUGAGGCCGUCUGUGAGAAGGAUGCGUUGGAGGAAGAGCCCACUACGGACCAGGAAUUGAGACUGUGGGAUUCUCGGCUCCUCAAAGUCAUCUUUGUGAUGAUUUGUUUUCUAGUCCUGUCCUCAUCCUAUCUGGCAUUCCGAAUCUCCAGGCUGGAACAGCAGCUAUGUUCCCUGAACUGGGGCAGUCCACUCCCAAGGGACAGGUAACAGCCACUUGGUCUUCAUCCCCACACCUAUCCAAGGAUGCUCUGGGUGCUGUCUCUACCAAGGAUUCCUGGGGUUUACACUGCAGCUGUGCUGAGACUGAGUAUGAAGAACAUAUUCUAGAUCCUUCCUCCAGACCCCUCCCCAACACUUCUUCCCUCAGUGAGUGAUCUGAAGUACCUGUUUACAGAUUAACUGGCUCCUACAAUUUUUGGACUCAAACAGAAUGUUAGACUGUUUUUGUGUUUUCAUCAGUUGAGGAGUUCUGUACACUAAGCUUCAGCGACCACUGAAGAGGUAGAAAGCACAUUAACUUGUUUUAUUGUAAGCAAUGGUUCUGGCAUGCCGACAGAGCCCUGGGGGGGCCACCUCCGGGGACAAAGGGCAUGCUUUGAUACCUGGAUUGCUGCUUGCUAUCACAGGACACACUCUAGAGCGUGUAGAGAAGUUGGGGUGGGGUGUUGGAGAAAUAACAGAAGCACAAACCGCCUCCGUGGGCUCUGCUGCCUCCCAGCAUUCUGGGAUCUCACUUGGGCCUCUCAGAAUCUUUUGUUCUGGAGCCCACAGGACUUUUCUUCAGGGAGUUAGGCACUGGGGCCUUUGAGAAGGCUGAGAUGUGGAGAAGAGAGCUCAUGGCAGGGCUUGUCAAGAGACCAAUCUUAGUGUUCUGAGCUGAGCUGUACGACUCUGGGCUGGCCAUACAAGAUCUGUCCAGCUGGAUUUGGAAGAUGCCACCUGCAGGAGAGGAAGGGUGUGGGGAUGAAAUUGGAGGUCCCAGAACCCCUAUUCUGGAGCAGCCCCCUCUUUGGUAGGACAAGGGCAACAGAGACUUUGAUAUUUGGUAGUAGAUCUAUUCCCACUGGUUGCAGACAUUCCCAAGGUCCUAGCCAUUAGCAAUAGGAAGGCAGGGAACUUGAUUUAAGCUCUAGUGGUUGGUAUACUUCUUGCAUGGCUAACUGCACUGGUCAGGGUUGCUUGACUGGGCAGUGGGAUCCAGCUGCGGGAUCCAGCAGUGUUGGGUCCUUCUUGGCAGAGUUCACUCAUUCCAUGGACCUGCAGUCCAUAUGCUGUAGUAUACUCUGUAGGAUUCCAGUAACCAUAAGUAAGGUUGAAGUGUCCCAGAUGGGAUAGGUUCCAUGCAGAGACCAGGAAGAGAGAUCUCUGACUCCUUUGGGGAGAAGAGGGUAGGUGGUGAGAUCAGUGCACACUGAUGGUUUUGCCAUAGAGAAUCUUCCCCCGUCUCCUUUUCUUCUAAAAAGAACUCUUGUUCAUCUCCUCAGGACUCUCAUCUGCUAAGACAGUGCCUUUGGAGGUUCUAGAAGGGUCUGAGGGAGGAAGCCAGAGGUACCAAGGAAAGGCACAGGUGGUGUGGAGUAGUGCUGGGAAUAGCCUCUCUCUCUUGUGCUGGGAAGUUAACUGGGGGAGGAAACCCUGGUGGAAAUGAUUGCAGGGUUGUGUUUGUCUCAUUCAUGACAAAUCCAAGCAGGACUGGAGAGAGGGACAGUGGGUGACAACUUCCUGGGCUUAGACUGGAGGUCUCUCCAUAAUCUCCCUAUUCUAGUCCCUAGGAUUGAACAUGGAUCCCAGCCUUGUAUGUUAUUUGUACCAAAUCUUUACAUCUCAGGUAAAACCCGGUGUCCAUUUGGUCUUUCUUCCAGGGCCGCACCAUUAAAUGCCCAUCCAUCAGUGCCCAUCCUCCAGUGCCCAUCCAUCCUUUUGUCUUAACCAUCCUCCAUCACUCUUUCCCAUCAUAUCACCAUGGAAACAAUCUUCCUUGCCCCAGUGCUUUCCCUCCCUGGUCCCUGCUGAGAGGUGAGAGUACAGGUCCAUUCUCAACCUUGCUAGGUUGAGCCAAGGUUCAUGAGAGGUGCCAAGUCUCAAGUGGCUGUGCCAACAUUCUGUAGAAAGUCCAUUCUCCACACAAGGCUUGGAAAGGGCAAGAGGCAGGCUGUAGGGCUGCUGACUUUGAAGGUAGACUUGAGGCCAGAGCUUUGAGUGAUAUGGGUGUGUCCAUGCCUCUGGAGGGUCCUCUCUCUGCUCCUCCCUUUGGUCCCCCUGUCUUGUUCCUCUAGAGAAGCUGUGUGUCAGUUGUGAACAUUCAUAAUCUGUGAGUGUUUAUACAUUUCUGGUUGCAUGGGCUAACACUUCUCCAGUUCUCCAAAGGUUUGGUUCAACAAGAGUGGGUUGUUCCACCAUGGCAUUAGCCUUUGAAAAUUUUAAAAAAUGGGUUAAUUCCCAGGUACUGAAAAAAAAUGUUUUUUUUUUUUUAAAAAAAAAUAAAAACCUCGAUUUUUCUAG